GUCGACAAACUCAAAAAAUCAAAUCAGUGAAAUUUGAUACGGAAAUUGUAUAGACAUGGCUUCACCUCGAAAGAUUGAUAACCUGCCAGUUAUUAAACAGCGGGCGCUUGACAUGCAAGUGCUUUGUUUGGGACUCUCUCGUACUUCCACGAUGUCACUACAAGAAUCACUCAACAAACUAGGCUACAGAACUUAUCAUUGUCGAGUUGCAGCACCCACAAAAGGUCAUAUCUCCCUAUGGUUGGAAGGCUUCGACGCCAAGUUGAACGGAAAUGGCAAACCUUUCGGUCGUGAGGAAUUUGAUAAGAUUCUUACCAACUUUAGCGCUACCACAGAUAUGCCAGCUGUGAAUUUUUCUGAAGAACUCCUGGCGGCAUAUCCAGCUGCGAAAGUCAUUUUGACCACGAGAGAUCCAGAUAAGUGGAUUGAAUCGGUGGAGAGAUCAAUAUAUGCUGAAGCUCUCCCAUUCCGUCAACUUCUCAUAAUCGCACUCACUGACUGGUCCGGUGGCGAGCCGGAAGAUCGCAAAGCUCUUCGCGCAGGAUUUAUUGCUCAUAGUGAGAAAAUCAGAAGACUUGCUGGCGGAAGACUUCUUGAGUUCUCACCCAAAGAUGGUUGGGAAUUACUCUGUAAUUUUUUGGGCAAGCCUGUUCCAAAUGAACCUUAUCCGUAUGUCAACGCGGGAAAUGAUACACACAGGCUGUUUGUGCUUUCCAUGGUGUUUAAUUUCUUCAUCAAGUGGUCUAAGUGGAUUGGUGCCGUUGUAGUGGCAUUGGCGACUUUUCGAUGGCUGAAGCACUGAAAUAUCGUGGUCCUCGGGCUAUUAGUACCUUAUUUAUGCAAUGAAAAUAUCAGGAU